AUGUGUGGCCAAUAUGGCCAUGCUGCUUUUCCAUCCGCUUUUAAACUUCCAAAAGACCUUAAAAGUCAAGUUUGUGCCAGAGUUCAUCAAAGCCCAAGGAAGGAUUGUCUGGCCUUCGGUGUUGUUCUUCCUCAGUACUUCAGAGAAGAAAGAGAGAGUUUUCAGAUAUUGUUUCAUCAUAACUUUCUCAUCAGACAUGGCUGGAGAAGCUUUGAUUUCUUCCAUUCUUACCUCCCCCCUGUCUGGAAGAGCCCAAACCUCCAGAUGUUGCUUUUGCAAAAGAAUCUCCAAUUACUUUGGCCAACUGAAUUCUUUAGUGGGUUGGAAGCACUUAAAGUGUUGGAUCUAAGUCAUACUAGAGUUAAUCUUUCUAAGGUUCUUGGCAUUAAUCACCUAGCAGGUCUACGGACAUUGGUCCUAGACGAUAUGACCGUGCUUGUGGACACUAAAUUUCUUGGACAUAUGAAGACUCUUGAAGUUCUUAGCCUAAAAAAUUCUGUUUUGCCUAGUCCACCAUUGGAACUUAGGGAAUUGAGCAAGCUGAGGUUACUGGAUAUGAGUGCUACUCGGCACAAUUCACUCAUUCCAGCGGAUGUGAUGUUAGGUCUAUCCCGAUUGGAAGAGUUGUAUAUGUUUAACACCUUCAUCAAUGAGGAACCUAAACCUGCAGUUGAAGUAGCUGUAGUAAACUCUUUCCCUCACCUAUCUGCCCUAGAGAUUUCAAUAACGGAUUCUAGAAUUUUGCCCCAGGACUUCAUAUUCCCUGAUGUGAAAAAUUUCAGAAUUAAAAUGGGUAAUGGUGGUGGAUUUGGCAACACAGAAUGUUUGGGGCUCUUUGAUUUGGACGCAAAUAUGCCUUGGUGGAAAAGGAGCUUGAAGAACCUAUUGAAGAGAAGUUACCUGAACUCAGAUAAUAUAAUAAACAUGAAGAACAUUUUUCCAUAUUUUUUCUUUGAUGGAGAUGUUUUGAACCUCGCAGAGUUUCUAGUGGUUCAUAAAUGCAGAGAGUUUGAGUACUUGAUCAAUAGAGAUGAGGAAAUGGCGACAGCAAUUCCAUUACAUGAGGAGCGACAUCUGCUGCAACUACUCCCUAACCUUGAACAACUGGAACUUUCUUAUUUGGAUACCUUAAAAGGGAUAUGUCAUGGUGCAAUACCUUCCAGCUGGGAGAUCAUGCCCAAACUGAAAGUCUUGAAUGUUUGGUAUUGUCCUCAAAUGUCUGGUUUUCAUUUCAAUUUGCUUCAAAGGCUACAAUUUCUUGAAGAACUUGUGUUAUUGGGUUGUUCUGCGUUACAGCAUGUGUUUGAGGGCCAAAGUGAUGAUGGGCAUGUUGCCGUGGAUGAAGGAAAUGAGCCGAGUCUGCGUGAGAUAUGUCUAAUAGGCUUGCCUAGUUUGAAUCAAAUAUGCAACUGCCGGGGUCGAAUCGUACACCUCCACAAUCUGAGACAUCUCGACAUUAGAAAAUGUAGGAGGUUGAAAAAUCUCUUCCAAUCUUCCGUUGCCCAAACUCUUCAGAAACUGGAGAUACUGAAGGUAUAUGAAUGUGAAGAAAUAGAGGAAAUUGUUGCAGCAGAGAGCGAAGAGCAGAAAGUGGCGGAGAAGAUUGUAUUUCCUUGUCUCAAAAUUCUAAAACUCAGAGAUCUUACCAACCUCAAAUGUUUCUGCAUGGGAGGCAUUCAUUUUGAAUGGCCGUCAUUGGACAGAUUAUAUGUUGAAAGGUGUGCAAUAUUGCAUGUGUUUGAGGGCCAAAGUGGUGAUGGGCUUCUUGUCUUGGAUGAAGGAAAUGAGCUGAGUCUGCGUGAGAUAUCGCUAAUAGACUUGCCUAGUUUGAAUCAAAUAUGCAACUGCCCGGGUCGAAUCGUACACCUCCACAACCUGAGACAUCUCGACAUUAUAAAAUGUAGGAGGUUGAAAAAUCUCUUCCAAUCUUCCGUUGCCCAAACUCUUCAGAAACUGGAGAUACUGAAGGUAUAUGAUUGUGAAGAAAUAGAGGAAAUUAUUGCAGUAGAGAGCGAAGAGCAGAAAGUAGCGGAGAAGAUUGUAUUUCCUUGUCUCAAAAUUCUAGAACUCAGAGAUCUUACCAACCUCAAAUGUUUCUGCAUGGGAGGCAUUCAUUUUGAAUGGCCGUCAUUGAACAGAUUAUAUGUUAGAAGGUGUCCAAAUAUGAAGACUUUUGUUGCAGCUGCUGCUACUAAUAGGACUCAAAGCAAUCCAAAACUGAAGAAAAUUAUUGUGGAUGGUAAUGUGAGUGUGGCAGAAGAGGGAGAGUCAGUAGACUUGAAUAUAGUUAUUCAAAGAGCAAUGCUAUAUGGACUUAAAAAAUAG